UUUUUUUUUUGAGCACAGACACAGAGCUCUUCUUAUAGUACUACGUACAUAUAGCGACAGCGCACGUAGUCACUACUUUUCACAGAGAGGCGGAUAGAGCGAUACCUAGUAUACACCGAUUUGAGAAAGAUAGGUACGAUCAAGAUGAUGCAGUGGGUAUGUUCUCAUGGCGCCGGUGCCAUCAAUACUCUAGACAACUCUUUCAGCAUCACAGCCAACGAAGGAGGGUCGAUAAUACGACCGACCAAAGCCGGUGAGCUUUACGGAACCGUUCUUUUCCCUCUCCACGGCAUGCCGAACAACGUUUCCUACUACAAUAAGGUGGCAGUGGAUUUUUCAUCCCAGACCGCACUUGUUGACGAAAUAGUCAUUAUGUCCGGCAGCGAUGAAGUCUUCCAGAAGAAGAGGCUUCGCAAGACAGGAGACUUCACGAUACCCCUAGAGAACCACCACGUCAAGGCCGAGGAAGAUGGAAAAGGCCUGGCGUUAUGGAUCAAGGUAGAGUUCGAUACGGUAACUGCGGAGCUCGAGUUCCGGUCGGUUGGUAUUGAAGUUGUUCUGGCGGCUCCAACUUCGUCACCGGCUGAGAAGAUCAAACUCGAUAGCGGUACUUGGAAUACGGGUUCUGUUAGACCGUGGGAUCAGCCUAGAGAGAGGACCGAAGCUCUAGUUAGAUUCACGAGGGACUUUAGCUCGGCCCCCACGGUGCUAGUUAGCAUGAAUACCGCAAGUGUCAAGAAAACAUCCAAUUUCAGAGUUAAGGUCUACGCGACGGACAUUACUUCCCAGGGAUUUAUCAUUCAUGCAGACAGCUGGGCCGAUACCAUAUUGUACUCCUGCGGAGCAACAUGGCUAGCGAUAGGAUCCUAAAGUACGGAAGAUGCCGUGGGAUAGUUACAUAUAGUGGGAUGAGUAGCAAUUUAAUGCCCGAAUGCCCGAACCCGAACAAGUCCGGGCACUUAAGGCAUUCUGAUUCCUCUUUCGGUAUAAAACCUUUGCAUUCCCAUCCACUCCCAUUUCACUUCCGUAGACAAGGUCCGCCGAGCAGCUUUCGCCGUCUG